UGGGUGGUACAACUGUUGCUCACUCGAGUGUGAUUAUUGACCAACUCCGCGAGGUUUCCUGAUGCCAGAGGGAAAAAUGUUGUUCAGUCCAGGUGGUUUAUCUGAGUGCUUACGCGAAUGGGAGGAUUUAGAUAAGGACUACCAACAGAUUCAGGACACCCAUCGUCUAUAUAAACAGAAACUUGAGGACGUGACCAAACUGCAAGACAGCUGCUCAAACGCUAUCGCACGUCAGAGGAAGAAACUGAAAGAGCUUACUGUGUCCCUAGAAGAAUGCAAAUCAAAUUCUUCAACAGCCAAAUUAAGUCCAGAGGAAGAGGAUGCCAUCGCAGAAAUCGAGGACUCCAUCAAAGACAGAGCACAUACUUUCUUUGAGAUGGAAGCAUUUCUCCCCAAGAGGAAUGGGUUAUAUCUCAAUCUUGUUUUAGGAAAUGUCAAUAUAACACUCCUCAACAAACAGUCAAAAUUUGCCUACAAAGACGAAUAUGAGAAGUUCAAACUGGUCCUCACUGUCAUCCUCUUUGUAUUCUCUUUUACGUGUCGCUUUUUGUUAAGCUACAGAGUCCUAGACGCCCUGUUCAACUUCCUGUUGGUGUGGUACUACUGCACUCUCACCAUCCGGGAGAGUAUCCUCAUCAGCAACGGCUCUAGGAUCAAAGGCUGGUGGGUUUUCCAUCACUAUGUGUCAACCUUCUUGUCUGGAGUCAUGCUCACUUGGCCUGAAGGUGCACUCUACCAGAUGUUUAGGAACCAGUUUCUAAGUUACUGCUUAUACCAAAGUUUCAUUCAGUUCCUCCAGUACUACUACCAAAGUGGUUGUUUGUACAGACUCAGAGCACUGGGAGAGAGACAUAAUAUGGACCUUACAGUGGAAGGGUUCCAGUCCUGGAUGUGGAGAGGCUUGACCUUCCUCCUGCCCUUUUUGUUCUUUUAUCAUUUUUGGCAGCUUUACAACAGCAUAACACUCUUCAGGAUGUUUCAGCUCCCAGAAUGUAAAGAGUGGCAGGUUUUCAUGUGCGGCUGCUCUUACUUGGUCCUCUUCAUGGGAAACGUCUUCACCACGCUGGCAGUGGUUUACCAGAAAUACAUGAACAACCAGGACAAGUCUAAAAACGUGUAAGACAGUAAUCCUUAAUGAGACGGCUUCUCCAAUUCUCCAAAACUCCGUCCUAUAUAUGGAACGGUAAAUUCAUAUAAUUACAAUCACUUUAAUGUUUUCUUAGGAGGAGCACGUGGUCUCUAUUAUUGUCCAUGUGUUUACAUAUACAGCUUCUUCUAUUAAUUUGCAUCUUUGAAGUCCCUUUCAUUUCAUAUUUCUCCAAAUGUUGGUCAGACCACCAUGUUAAAGUAUUGUCACAAUGACUUACUUAAAAAGAAGUAAUCAGAUACUUUGUUGGUCUUAAUAAGUUACACUGUGAGAUCGCUGGGGCAGAAUUAUCUGUCUCUCUUGGUUAAACAGCUUGUUAUUUACAUUGUAUUUAUUUAGGAAGCUCUAAAGUUUCUCAAUCCUGAGCUGCUUUGUAUCUUAGCCUUGGAGAAAGUGCAUUGCUGAAUAAAAAACACUCCGCCAUCC